AAAUUUGCCGUCUGCAAAACCCUCGAGCAUUUUUUUUGUUUUUCAAAAUUUGCAUUUUGUUCGUUCGAUCGCAGUAGUUUUAUCAUUGGUUCCUACGGAUUUGCAAGGUUUGGGGUGCUGAUUUACUGUUUGCCGCACUAUCAAUUGUGAGAAUUUCGCAUUACUGAUUCCAGAAAGCGUCUCGUCGUGGUGCCACUUGGUGUCGGCACUUGACAGUGAUUCGGGAAAAUAUCUCAGAAUCUGGCAGUUUGGGAGAGAGAAGGUCUACUUUUGUCCUGCUACGAAUUUCAGGAACAUGUUUCAGGUUAGCCAAAAUGAAUGUGAUCAGCAAUACAAGUACACAAUUAAGUCACAUGGAAAAAAACUUGCAUGGGAUCACAAGCAUGACUGGCUGAUACUCCUACUGCUUGCGGUUAUAGAUAUCUCUUUGAACAUCAUUCACCCUUACCGCCGUUUUGUUGGGAAGGGCAUGAUGACAGAUCUUAAAUAUCCGAUGAAAAGCAACACUGUGCCUAUAUGGGCAGUUCCAUUGUAUGCAGUUUUGCUGCCUAUUGCUAUUUUUGUUCUAUAUUAUAUGAGGAGGAACGAUGUCUAUGAUCUGCACCAUAGCAUACUAGGAUUAUUGUUUGCUGUUUUGAUAACUGGAGUCCUUACGGAUGCAAUAAAAGAUGGAGUUGGCCGACCACGGCCUGACUUCUUUUGGCGUUGCUUCCCCGAUGGGCGAGAUCAAUACGAUCGAUUUGGCAAUGUGAUAUGCCAUGGCGAUCCGGGUGAUAUAAAAGAGGGCCAUAAAAGUUUUCCCAGUGGCCAUACUUCAUGGUCAUUUGCUGGUCUCGGCUUUCUCUCACUCUACUUGUCAGGAAAAAUCAAAUGCUUCGAUCGUAGAGGCCACGUAGCAAAACUGUGCAUUGUUUUCUUUCCCAUCCUCCUAGCAUGUCUUGUUGCGGUUUCUCGUGUGGAUGACUACUGGCAUCACUGGCAAGACGUGUUUGCUGGGGGUCUUCUAGGUCUCGUGGUCGCAACCUUUUGCUACCUCCAGUUCUUCCCACCUCCUUACAACACAGAAGGAUGGCGCUGUUAUGCAUAUAAACAGGCGCUGGAAGAUGCUGCUGCUUCCGGCGCUCAUCCCGGAAAUGGAAUGACUUCUCCUCAACAGGCUGCAGUGGAUCAAAGCUUUGAUGCUAUGGAAUCUGGAAGAAGAUAAGACAGAUAAGAACAUGUCUGAAUCUCUUACUCCUCGAAUUCUCUCUCUAAACCUCUGGUCGUUUGCACUUUCUCAUUUCCUGCUAUGCUAAUCUAUGUGUUGUUUCCCUAGCUCUAGCAUAUGGUUAAGGUGCCUCUGUAUGUAAUGUACAAGAAUGUGUUUGUUAGCACUGUGCUGAUUAUCUCCGAGUAGUUACGUUUUAAUAUACACUAUGUGUUGUGAUCAAUUAUAGUAUGCGCUAUAUAAUAUCAAUUGUCAAUUCAUGUUUA